AUGAUUUUGUUAGAUGAAAAGGGUGGAAGGGUCCACGCUGCUGUCAAGGGUUCUUUGCAUAUCCGUAAAAAAUUUUACAAAGGAGAAGUUUAUUUCAUAAAAAAAUUUGGAGUUGGUUUGAAUAGUGGUAGUUUCAGGCCAACUAAGCAUGAUUAUCGUUUGUCUUUCAACUUGAGGACUGAUGUAAAAUCCACUAUUGAUUCUGCUAUUCCCACCAAUGGAUUUGAUUUUGUAGAUUUUGAUGUUAUAGAGAAAGAGUCUUCUGAUUCCCCUUAUUUAGUAGAUGUCAUUGGUUUAGUCUCUGGAAUAGGGGAAGUUCGUGAGCAUAUUAUCUCCGGUAGGAAGACAAAAAUGGUUGUCGUGGAGCUUGAUAACCUCAGGGGUCACAAGCUCGAGUGCACUCUCUGGGAGGACUACGUGGACCAGGUGCAACAAAUUUUGGGGAGUAAUCAGUCUCCUCAAAACGUGAUGAUAGUUCAGCUUGCUAGAAUAAAGGGUUUCAGGGGUGAGUUCACAUAA